AUAAAAGCGCAUUUUCUUGGAGGAGGCUUUUAUUUUGAACGACUGAGAGGAGGCGAAAUAGUUGAAGUGCGACAAUGACCGAGUCAUAUUCCCAGACCAGAUGUGAGGUCACUGUGUAUCCGGACAGCGGGCUCAUGAGUUGUGUGGUUGUUACGGGGGUCUAGGUUUUAACUGUGCCGACCUCCCGGAGAGGAUGCUGUGUUGUUGCGGGGGAUGAGGCCUUCAGACUCAGGGAUGGCUGCGAUGAGGAAAAGGUUCUCCUCUGUCUGCUCUUCGCCCUCGGCUGAAGAAGACAGUGCAAGUCUUUAUGAUAGUGUUUCCAUUUCUGCAACUGAUCCAGCCAAUGAGCAAGAACAUCCCUAUGCAUCUCUGCUCUGUUGCCAUCGUGUCCAAGACUCGUUGCUGAGCUCCAACAGCAGCUUCACCAGAUACAGAGGCAUCCUCAACUGGAUCAUUAUCCUGCUGGUCCUGACUCACGCCCACUUGUUCUUGGAGAAUUUCAUACAAUAUGGCUUUUUGAUAGACGUCAAAAAGGUCUUGGAACAUCUCAUUGAGGACAACUGCAACUGGCCAUCUGUCAACCUCCUGCUGGCUGCCAACAUGUUUGCCAUUACAGCUUUGCUUCUUGAGAGGUCUCAGGAAAAGGGUAUGCUGUCACCAACCAACACUCAUCGUUUACAUCUCACAAAUCUGGGGUUGCUCCUGCUAUUCCCUGUUGCAGUCAUUGUUAAUGAGCCUACAAUAUCAACAGGUGGAGCAUUCUUCUCUCUCUGGUUCUAUACUGCCCUGGGGAUGAAACUUUAUUCAUACCAGGAAACUAACCACUGGUACAGACAGGCCCAUUUAACUGAUGCAGAGACAGACAACAAUGAGCACCUCACUUUCAAAGAUCUGUACUAUUUCCUGCUUGCACCAACUCUGUGCUACCAGAGAGACUUUCCAUGUACUCCUAAGGUCCGCAUCAACAAGCUGCUGCACAGGCUGCUGGAAAUGGUGAUUGUAAUCCAGAUCAUGGUUGGAAUUGUGCAGCAGUGGAUUGAGCCCAUCUUCCAGAGAUCACAAAACUCCUUCUCCAGUUUCGACAUCACUAUGAAAGUGGAGCAUCUGGUGGGACUGGUGGCACCAACCCAUUUCCUCUGGCUCCUCUUCUUCUUCCUGACUCACUCCUACCUGAACUUCUGCGCAGAGCUGCUGUGCUUUGGUGAUCGUCAUUUUUACGGAGACUGGUGGAACGCUACAACUCUGAUCAGUUUCUGGAAGAAUUGGAAUAUUCCCUGUCAGAAGUGGUGUCACAGACAUGUAUACACACGGCUGGUGGAAAAGAAUGUGCCUCCAUCACAUGCAGAAUUAUUGGUCUUCCUGAUGUCAGCUGCUCUUUGUGAGUGUAUGAUUGCCCUGCCCCUGCAUAGCUGCCGUCUGUGGGUCUUCCUUGCAAUGGUAUUUGAGCUCCUGGUUGCAGUAUUCCUUGGAAACUACUUCCAGGGAAACUACGGUAAUGGUUUAGUGUGGCUGUGCCUGCUGCUGGGCCCUCCUCUAGCUGUAACCACAUACUUUCACGACCACUACAUCAGUUUCCCAUCACAGAUGUCAGACUACGGACUUCCAGUUUUCCUGCAGCCUCACUGAUCAUGAGGAAGUGUCUAUCAUCUGUGCUAUAUAUGACAGUGCUCAAAAGAAUUUUGAAGGCUGCUUUUGUAUUUCCGGGAAUCCAUUUUGAUGUCUUGAAAACCUUUUGGAUUUACAAUCCACAACCUCUACCCCAGUUGCGUAAUCUAUACUGUAUUUGUUGUGUUGACUCAUUAAUGGACCUACUCUAUACUGGCAAAAUACUGACUUGCAAGUUAUACUAUGAUGCUUCCACACCAUAUUUUGAUGUGAAAAACCAACUCAUUUAGAAUUUCUCCGUCUGAAUUUUUACAUCUGAAGCUUGUUGAAUGUGACCAGAGAAUGAACUGCAACAUGGCAAGGCUGUGAUAAUCUCAGCCACCAAUCAUUCCUGUUAGAAUGAUUUGAGUCAGCAGCACAGAUGAUAAAGUCGCUGCUGACACACUGCUCUGUCAACAUGUGGUUAAGGGGCUCUAGUUAAUCUAAGUUUACCGUAAAUUUCAUGGACACGGUCCAAUCAGAAAAAUAAGGGGAAUGACUGUUCUUCCUGGUUCGUCCAGUCCUAGUGUGGAAUGGUUCAAGCAAAGUUUGGACAGGCCCCAAUGACGUAGGAAUGCUCAGGCUUGUACUCACAAUUCCACUUUUUAUAUUUUAUAUUAUCAUAAACUACAUAGGCCUACCUCUGAAAGACGUGUACCAUUCAAUAUUAACUGGACUGUUGCACUUAGAGUAU